AUGACUCUUACGCAUAGAUUAUCCCUGUGCUGUAUUUGCAUCCUGGCCCUUCUGUCCUUAGCGAGAGGUGCCGUAGACAACAAAAAUCUUCAUGACUUGGAUUACAUUGUAUAUCCACAACGAACCGAGGAAGAAGCCGCCGUACUGGAAUGGGGACACUCGGCCAUCAUUUCGGCCCUUGACGCCUCCGUAGCACAAUUUGGACCACAGACGACUGAGGCCGCCUUGUUAGAAGUUGAAUGUAUGCCAAUUCUUGCAUCACCUCUCAAUGGAGUCGGCAACAGGGAGGAGGAUGAAGAAGGAAAUCUCCCAAUUCAAGAACUCGACAAUGCUGAUGAUGUCCGCGGAAAUAUGGUCGUGAUGACCGACAACGGCGGACUUUCUGCAGUUGGCAUGGCCAAAGUUGCCAAGUUAAGUGGCGCAGCUGCACUUUUGGUAGUCAAUAUCGAUGAAAAGAGACCGGAUGACAUUUACCGCCUCGAAGUGAUGGACGGCGAGGAUGCCGAGGAUAUCGAUAUCCCCGUAGUCAUGAUUUCACUGAAUUCCGCCAAUGUUCUGACUACAGCGACGGUAACCGCAAAUAUGGCGAAAGAGGAUAUUGUGAAUAAUGGAAUGCCCGAUAGAGUCAGGUUAUAUGCCGGAGGCGAUCGUCCCUUCUUUGAAGAUGUCGAGCCAACCGAUCCUACGCUGUACCUCAUUCACAACCUCAUGACGGACGAAGAAGCAGAUAGUUUGUUGCAAUCUGCCAAGUCGAAGUUAAGUCCAAUUACGGACGACAUUCUACAAUUCAGCAAUGACAAGGAGAACUUUGAAAACGUGCAACGAACAGUUGUGUGGCAAGGAAUGUUGCAAUCGCCUGCACGAAAGGCAGUGGAAGAACGAAUCGAACAGGUGACUGGCUUUCCAGCAGCGCACCACAGUGACUUUGUAAUUGAUAGACUGGAUGCUGGAGUGCAUUGGAAGGCACACUACGAUACACACCCUUACUUGAUCCCCAUGGCUACCAUUACUGUCUUUUUGACAGACAAUGGAGGUUCCGUUGUGUUUCCUUCCGCCAAGGAGCCAGUGGAAAUCACCCCCACAAAGGGAAUGGCUAUUGUCCACCACAAUACUGACAACAAGCAUAAUAUGGAUCUCAGUUCUGUGCAUGCCAUGAUGGCAGGUACUGAAGGACCCGCCUAUGUGGCACGAAAGUUCAUCUUCACCACCCCUGUUUCGAAUGCCCGACGCAUUGCCCUCCCAAUCCUUGCACUGCCAUUUGGAGGAAAGCUCCCAGGAUUCGUGUCAGCAUUCCACGACUUUAUGGUAGAAAAGUUUGGCAUGGAAGACGGUCCUGUGUACUUUGACAAGGCUUGUGUCUUCAUACCAUUUUUGAUCUUUUUGAGUAUCGCCCAAUUGGUAGCUGAUCGAGUUCAAGGCAAGGGAGACAAGAAGAAGGACACGAAAAAGAAAGGCGAAGGGAAGAAGAAGAAGAAGGGCAAGAAAGAAUAG